UGCAGUGGUCGUUGAAGACGUUCGGAGAUCUCAAAUUACGCACAAGAAGUUGGAGCAGAGGCGCGCACUGGAUACAUUUCCCCAGACUUAUCCAAACCAGUGAACAACCUGUCGCGGUGCGUCCUUUAAAAUUAAGAAUCGUCAAUAAAAUUUAACUAGGCGGUUAUACAUUCCUUCACUGCGCGUUGGAGAGGGUGCGUCACUGGAACGUUUUGGGUAUUCUUUAAAACACCAGGCACAAGCCUAACAUUAUGAGGUGCAGCCAUGGCAGGGAAGAGUAAGACUCCUGCGAGGACGCUGGAGGAUUUAACGCUCGAUUCCGGUUAUGGUGGAGCGGCGGAUUCCUUCAGGUCGUCCAGCGUGUCACUCUGUUGCUCCGACACGCAUCUGUCGUACGCGCAUGGGGGCAACUGCUGGCAUCUGACGGAAUCCAUGCACAGCAGACACAACAGUUUGGACACGGUCAACACCGUCCUGGCGGAAGACACGGAGAUCUUGGAGUUCUCGGGCCAGUGCGCCAAACUGCCCGAGCUGGAGGAGGACGUGCCGUGGAGUCUCGGAGAGGUGGAAGGCGCGCUGCGCAAAGACGAGGAGCUGUGCGUGGGAAACGCGUCGCGGGAAAUCCUGGCCAAACUCUCCGCUUUGGUCAGCCGUGCGCUGGUGAGGAUUGCCAGGGAAGCUCAGCGCUUGAGUCUUCGCUACGCAAGAUGCACCAAACACGAGAUCCAGAGCGCGAUCAAGAUGGUCCUGUCGUGGACCAUCUCCGUGAACUGCAUCACUGCGGCUCUCAGCGCGCUGUCGCUUUACAACAUGAGCACCGGUGAUAAGUUCAGCCGGGGUAAGUCUGCCCGAUGCGGACUCGUCUUCUCCGUGGGAAAGUUCUUCAGGUGGAUGGUGGAUAGCCGGGUGGCUUUGCGCAUCCACGAGCACGCGGCGAUAUACCUGAGCGCUUGUAUGGAGAGCCUCUUCAGGGAGGUGUUCAGCCGCGUGCAGAGGAGCGCGCUGGUCGAGAAAGAGAAUGGAGUCCCAAAGUUUACGGUGGAGUCCCUGGAACAGGCCAUCAAUAAUGAUUCAGAGCUUUGGGGGCUUUUGCAGCCGUACCAGCACCUCAUUUGUGGCAAGAAUGCAACCGGUGCAUUGAGUCUGCCGGACAGCCUGAACCUCCACCGUGACCAACAGCGAGCGGGUAAAACUGCAGAGGGACACACCUACAGCCAGGCGGAGCUCCGCACCAUUGAACAGUCCCUUUUGGCCACUCGUGUAGGGAGCAUCGCUGAACUCAGUGAACUGGUGUCACGGGCCAUGCAUCACCUUCAGCCUCUUCACAUCAAGAACCCCAGCAAUGGAACACCAGUACACCAGAACCGCACUGGGGCGGUACACUGGGAACCAGAAGCCCUCUACACACUCUGCUACUUCAUGCACUGUCCUCAGAUGGAGUGGGAGAACCCGAAUGUAGAACCAUCAAAAAUCACCCUUCAUACUGAAAGGCCGUUCCUGGUGUUGCCUCCUCUGAUGGAGUGGAUCAGGGUGGCCGUGGCACACACGGAGCACCGCCGAAGCUACUCUGUAGACAGCGAUGAUGUGCGACAGGCGGCCAGACUCCUGUUAUCCGGGGUGGACUGUGAGCCGCGUCAGCUGAAAGCGGACGACUGUUUCUGUGCCACACGGAACCUGGACGCGGCAUCCACUGAAGCAAAAUUCCUGCAGGAUCUGGGGUUCCGGAUGCUCAACUGCGGACGGACUGACCUGGUCAAACAAGCAGUCAACCUGCUCGGACCAGAUGGUAUUAACAGUAUGAGUGAACAGGGCAUGACCCCUCUCAUGUACGCGUGCGUUCGUGGAGAUGAAGCCAUGGUACAGAUGUUGCUGGAUGCUGGAGCCGACAUUAACAGCGAGGUGCCCAGCUCACUACACAAGCACCCGUCAGUUUAUCCUGACACCAGGCAGGGGACGCCACUAACGUUCGCCGUGUUGCACGGACACGUGCCUAUCGUGCAGCUUUUACUGGACGCCCGAGCUAAUGUAGAAGGAGGGAUUCAGGACAGUGCGGAGAACUACACAGAGACUCCUCUACAGCUGGCAUCUGCGGCAGGCAAUUUUGAGCUGGUCAGUCUGCUUUUGGAAAGAGGUGCGGAUCCUUUGAUUGGCACCACUUAUCGUAAUGGGAUUUCCUCCGGGCCGUUGGGCGAAAUGAACUCGUACAGUCUGGCCGCAUCACACGGACACAGGAACGUGUUCCGGAAGCUUCUGUCCCAAGUGGAAAAGGAGAAAGGGGACGUGUUGUCUCUGGAGGAGAUCCUAGCCGAGGGCUCUGAGGCCGUAGAGAGGAGAGCACAGCAUUCUGAAGGCACCCUCCGGACAGGCAAGGCCAAACUAAAGGCCCUCCGCGAGGCCAUGUACCACAGUGCAGAGCAUGGCCAUGUGGACAUUACCAUAGACAUCCGCAGCCUGGGCGUGCCCUGGACCCUGCACACGUGGCUGGAGACCUUGCGAACCUGUUUCGUGCAGCAGCGCCGGCCGCUGAUCCAGGGUCUGCUGAAAGACUUCAGCUGCAUUAAGGAAGACGAGUACACAGAGGAGCUCAUCACGCACGGGCUGCCGCUCAUGUUCCAGAUCCUGCGAGCCAGCAAGGUGCCUCUGUCAGAAGAUAACGAAGUGAUAGGGCAGCAACUGGCUGUAAUCUUUACUCAAUGCUACGGGCCUUUCCCAAUCCCCAAACUCACAGAGAUCAAAAAGAAGCAGACGUCUCGUCUGGAUCCACAUUUUCUCAAUAAUAAAGAGAUGUCCGACGUGACGUUUCUAGUGGAAGGAAAACCCUUUUAUGCCCAUAAAGUGCUGCUCUUCACCUCUUCACAGAGGUUUAAGUCUCUGCUUUCUAACAGACCAGCCGCUGAGAACACCUGCAUCGAGAUCAGUCACGUCAAAUACAACAUCUUUCAGCUGGUAAUGCAGUACCUUUACUGCGGGGGUACAGAGUCACUUCACAUCAGAAACACUGAAAUAAUGGAGCUUCUGUCUGCUGCCAAGUUCUUCCAGCUCGACGCUCUCCAAAGACACUGUGAAAUCAUCUGCUCCAAGAACAUCACCACCGACACCUGCGUGGACAUUUACAAACAUGCCAAGUUCCUGGGGGCGUUGGAGUUAGCAGCCUUCAUCGAGGGCUAUUUCCUGAAGAACAUGGUGCUCUUGAUUGAGCUGGAGAACUUUAAGCAGCUUCUUUAUGAGGUUCCCGCAGAGAGCCCCUGUUCUGGUCCUGGUCCCGGUCCGGGUCCAGACCCCGCUUAUGAUGUCCUGCACGACCUCGAGAGAACCCUGGCUUUGAGGAUCCGCUCCAUCCAUCUCUCCACCUCCAAGGGCUCCAUCGUCUGACACAUUCACCCAAAAACACUUCAUCCAUUGUGGUUUCACCGAAAGCUUCAUUAUUGCGUGCCGCUAUCUUACAACUGGUCAAAAACAUCAAACCGACACGAAUGGGACCUGUAUGUUGGACCACGAGAUUGAUUUGUUGCCGAAAUGUCAGCCUGCUGAAAACAUACCAUUUCAAGGGCUACGUAGAACAUUAUAGCAACGUCGCCAAAUGCACCCAAACUGCGUUAUCGUCCAGGGAACCAUGUCUCUGAUGUCAUCAUGCCUCGGCCAUGCAUGCUGCCGGAUCAGAUGGACACCUUAAAACUUUGUACGGCAACGGUCGCCAUGCUACCCACCGUGGAUGGUUUCACUAGGCAAAUUUUUGGUAAUAUAAGUCUCCUAUUUAUGUGAUAUUGUUAGCCUGCCCUGAAUCUCCAAGUAUCUCAAAAUGAUGCAUGUGGUUAUAAACAACCAUUACAUUUCCUAAUGGUUUCCGUUCGUGUUGGAUGAGGCAUCGUCUUUAGGUGUAGAGUUUUGAAAACAGGAAGCGUUUUAUACACUUCAUAUUCACUUUAAGCUAUUACAAUUUGUAGUGUCGUUGACCAAUAAUAUGCCAGCUCUUCAAGUCCUAGCACUUGUUUUUGAUGUCAAGGCUUAUCGAUUUUAAGGGAUAGUGACUUGUAUCACUUGUUACGGUUUUAAAGGAUAACAUUUCAUCUUUUGUAAGAUGAUCCAUCGCAAUCUGUUCAACCAAUGAAAGGCUUCAUUUUUACACCUCUUCAACAAAAUGUUGUUUUCUUCUCGAUAACCAAUCCACCCGUUCUGAGCGUCUCCAUUCGUUUCAUUCAGUUUUAUUGACCCUUAAAACUACCACGGUGCUUGGUACACUCAAAACUGAGCAGUUCAUACUUGCCUUGAGGUGGCGUAACCAGAGAUCUAUGUCGAUAGUUUGCAUGGGUCCUCCGCAGCCUGACUACAACUUUUGUAAAAUACAACGUUCAACUGGAGCUGAUUUUCCUUUAGUGGAUGCAAAUCUAUUUAGACUAAUGACAUUACGCAGGACUCAAUGUUCUUUAAAGGCUUCGUUGCUUGCGAGUCUGUUUAACAGUGUGUUCAGAUGCUAUUGCACUGGUCGCCACCUUCACCGACCAAUGUACAUAUUCCAGGUCUCCACUUGCUGCUUUUGCUAAAUGUGAAUAUGUGAAGCCAGCUCACAACAAGCCAUUUUAGCUUUUCGCCAUAAUGCAUGUUCUGGUUCUCCCGCGUAUGUCUGUAUCCUCUGGAAUGUUGGGAAGAUUGAAACUGAACUGGGAUGCAUAGUGUUAACAGCAACAGAUUUAUACGUUUCAGAAUAUAUGACACUUUGGAAAAGAAGCUGAAAAUCUCAACCAAAUAUAUAUAAAAAAUGGACUUGUUUCAAAUAUUUCAAAUACAUAUAUA